AUGAGUAACUCUGUAGUGCAUAACUUACUUAACCGGGGUCUGAUUCGUCCUGUCAAUUUCGAACAUCAAAACAAGCUCAACUCCUCUUGCGCUGUUUCUGUUUACCAAACCUCAGCGGUAAAUCCGGCUGUGGGGAACAUUGGCAGAUCAAAUCUGGGAACAAAGCUAUAUGGUAAAGGUUUAAAAAAGGCAGGACGGAAGCUGAUCACUGAAACAGGAAGAUCUGUCUCAUUUGUUCCACGAGCUGUGCUUGCCAUGGAUCCUGCUUCUCAGGCGGCCGAGAAGUUUAAACUUGAUGGAAAUAUUGACUUACUGGUUGAAUUCACUUCUACAACUGUAAGAGAAGUAAAUAUCCAGAUAGCUCAUACAAGUGACUCUUUGCUUCUACACUGGGGUGCAAUACGUGACAACAAAGAAAAAUGGGUUCUACCUUCUCGCUCUCCGGAUAGAACUAUAAACUACAAGAACAGAGCGUUUAGAACUCCAUUUGUUAAAUCCGGUGCCAAUUCUUACCUUAAACUAGAGAUAGAUGAUCAUGCCAUACAGGCUAUUGAGUUUCUUAUAUUUGACGAAAGUCGGAACAAAUGGUACAAAAAUAAUGGUCAAAAUUUUCGUAUAAACUUACGCAUGGGAAAGAAUGUAGAACACAAUGUCUCUGUUCCUGAAGAUCUUGUACAGAUCCAAGCAUAUCUUAGAUGGGAACGUAAUGGUAAACAAAUGUACAGCCCUGAGAAAGAGAAGGAGGAGUAUGAAGCCGCCCGUAUGGAGCUACGGGAGGAAAUGAUGCGAGGUGCUUCAGUGGAAGAUCUCCGAGCAAAGCUGUUGAAGAAAGAUAACACCAGUGACUCUCCGAAAUCUAAGGAGACUUCAUCCAGUGGACAGGAGGCACCGAAAAAAGUUUCCAAGCAACAGAAGGAUAAAAAACAUUUCAGAACUGAGAAGAUCCAGCGGCAGGGAAGGGACCUGAAUAAGCUUAUCUGUAAGCACGUUGCUGAUUCUGUUGAACCAAAAUCCAAAGUCUCAAAUGAACCACGGGCCUUAACAACUCUCGAGAUGUACUCCAAAGCAAAGGAGGAACAAGAAACCACUCCAAUUUUUAGCAAGAAAACAUUCAAGCUUGAAGGCAGCUCGAUUUUGGUUCUUGUCACUAAACUUUCGGGAAAGACAAAAAUACAUCUGGCAACGGAUUUUAAAGAGCCGAUUACCCUUCACUGGGCUUUGUCUCAAAAGGGUGGAGAGUGGUUGGAUCCACCUUCAGAUAUACUGCCACCAAACUCUUUGCCCGUACGUGGCGCUGUUGACACACAACUGACCAUUGUUUCCACAGAUCUUCCUAGUCCGGUUCAAACUUUUGAGCUGGAAAUAGAAGGCGACAGUUACAAGGGCAUGCCAUUUGUACUCAAUGUUGGGGAAAGGUGGAUUAAAAAUAAUAACAGUGACUUUUAUGUGGACUUUGCUCAAGAAGAAAAACAUGUUCAGAAGGAUUAUGGUGAUGGAAAAGGUACAGCCAAGCAUUUACUGGAUAGAAUCGCAGAUUUGGAGAGCGAGGCCCAGAAGUCUUUCAUGCAUCGAUUCAACAUUGCAGCAGACCUUAUGGACGAGGCAAAAAGGGCUGGUCAACUGGGCUUUGCAGGGAUCCUAGUAUGGAUGAGGUUUAUGGCUACAAGACAGCUUGUGUGGAACAAAAACUAUAAUGUUAAGCCAAGGGAGAUAAGCAAAGCGCAGGAUAGGCUGACUGACGUUCUUCAGGAAGUUUAUGCAAGUUAUCCAGAGUACAGAGAAAUUGUGCGGAUGAUAAUGUCUACUGUUGGUCGAGGCGGUGAAGGAGAUGUUGGGCAACGAAUCCGAGAUGAAAUUCUAGUCAUCCAGAGGAAAAAUGACUGCAAGGGUGGAAUCAUGGAGGAAUGGCAUCAGAAAUUGCAUAACAACACUAGUCCAGAUGAUGUUGUCAUCUGUCAGGCAUUGAUGGAUUAUGUCAAAAGUGAUUUUGACAUGAGUGUUUACUGGAAGACCUUGAACGACAAUGGCAUAACCAAAGAGCGACUCUUAAGUUAUGAUCGUGCCAUACAUUCUGAACCAAGUUUUAGAAGAGAACAAAAAGAUGGUCUUCUGCGUGAUCUUGGACACUACAUGAGGACUUUAAAGGCUGUUCAUUCGGGGGCAGACCUUGAGUCGGCUAUACAAAAUUGCAUGGGAUACCAAGAUGACGGUGAGGGUUUCAUGGUUGGGGUGCAGAUAAAUCCUGUAUCAGGAUUGCCUUCUGGAUAUCCAGACUUGCUUCGUUUCGUCCUAGAACAUGUUGAAGAAAAGAAUGUAGAGCCACUUCUUGAGGGUUUGCUUGAAGCACGUCAAGAGCUUAGGCCACUUCUGCUGAAGUCCCACGACCGCCUCAAGGACCUAUUAUUCUUGGACCUAGCUCUCGAUUCUACUGUUAGAACAGUUAUUGAAAGAGGAUAUGAGCAAUUAAACGAUGCUGGACCUGAGAAAAUCAUGUACUUCAUCAGCCUAGUUCUUGAAAAUCUUGCCCUUUCGUCAGAUGACAAUGAAGAUCUUAUCUACUGCUUGAAGGGAUGGAAAUUUGCCCUUGACAUGUUCAAGAGCAAAAAAGAUCAUUGGGCUCUGUAUGCAAAAUCUGUUCUCGACAGAAGCCGACUGGCACUGGCAAGCAAAGCUGAGAGGUACCUAGAAAUUUUGCAACCAUCAGCUGAGUAUCUUGGAUCUUGUCUUGGAGUCGAUCAGUCGGCUGUUAACAUAUUUACAGAAGAGAUCAUUCGAGCUGGAUCUGCUGCAGCAUUGUCGUCACUGGUUAACCGACUUGACCCAGUUCUUAGGCAGACUGCUAACUUGGGAAGUUGGCAGGUUAUAAGUCCUGUAGAGGUCGUUGGAUAUGUCAUUGUUGUGGAUGAAUUGCUCACUGUACAGAAUAAAACCUACGACAGACCAACAAUUAUAGUUGCAAACAGAGUGAGAGGAGAGGAGGAAAUUCCUGAUGGUGCAGUUGCGGUACUGACGCCUGACAUGCCGGAUGUAUUAUCUCAUGUUUCUGUUCGAGCAAGAAAUGGAAAGAUUUGCUUUGCCACAUGUUUUGAUUCUGGUAUCUUAUCUGAUCUCCAAGCAAAGGAUGGAAAAUUGUUGAGCCUAAAACCAACCUCUGCAGAUGUAGUUUAUAGCGAGGUAAACGAUAGUGAACUUUCGAGUGUAAGUUCGGACAACGUUGAAGAUGCCCCUCCGAACAUUUCUUUGAUCAAGAAGGAGUUUGCUGGUAGAUAUGCUAUAUCAUCUGAGGAGUUCACAAGUGACUUGGUUGGUGCUAAAUCAAGAAAUAUUGGAUAUCUGAAAGGAAAAGUUCCUUCUUGGGUUGGUAUCCCAACUUCAGUUGCGCUACCAUUUGGUGUUUUUGAGAAGGUUCUCUCCGAAAAGGCGAAUCAGGCGGUGAGCGAGAAAUUGCAAGUAUUGAAGAAAAGUCUUCAUGAGGGGGACCAAGGUGCUCUUGCGGAAAUUCGUAAGACAGUAUUGGGGCUAGUUGCACCCGCAGAACUGGUUGAAGAACUGAAAAGUACUAUGAAAAGUUCUGACAUGCCAUGGCCGGGUGAUGAAGGUGAACAGAGAUGGGAGCAAGCUUGGGCAGCAAUUAAAAAGGUCUGGGCUUCGAAAUGGAACGAGAGAGCAUACUUCAGCACGAGGAAAGUAAAGCUGGAUCAUGACUAUCUCUGCAUGGCUGUUUUGGUCCAAGAAGUCAUCAAUGCGGAUUAUGCGUUUGUCAUUCACACAACCAACCCAUCUUCUGGAGAUUCAUUAGAGAUUUACGCCGAGGUUGUCAAAGGCCUUGGGGAAACUCUUGUAGGAGCAUAUCCCGGUCGGUCUCUGAGUUUCAUCUGCAAGAAAAACAACCUCGAUUCGCCUCUGGUAUUGGGUUACCCGAGCAAACCGAUUGGGCUGUUCAUAAGACGUUCCAUCAUAUUCAGAUCUGAUUCGAAUGGAGAAGAUCUCGAAGGUUAUGCAGGUGCAGGUCUAUACGACAGUGUACCAAUGGACGAGGAAGACAACGUCGUGCUCGAUUACACAACAGAUCCACUGAUCACUGACGAGAGCUUCCAGAAAAAGAUUCUCUCAGACAUAGCACGCGCCGGAGAUGCCAUUGAGAAACUGUAUGGAACCGCACAGGACAUUGAAGGUGUGAUCAGAGAUGGGAAGCUCUAUGUCGUCCAGACACGACCACAAGUGUGA